CAAUUCUUUUUUUUUUUGAAACUCUGAUACAGCUUCUUGCCGAACAUCCAACGACAACGAGUCUGUUAAGUGUUGCAAAAACAGGGUGGUUGUUGUUCCUAAAACAACGUUAACGUUUGUUGACGGCUGGCGCGACCUCAAUACCGCCAAACUAACAUCAUCAGGAUGGCGGAGGCGCCAGGUACUUCUAACGAGACCAUAACGGAGACCAUUCAAGUAGAAACGCCCCAGCAGGAGGGACGUAGCCUGACCAUCAAGCUGAGGAAGAGAAAGACUGACAAGAAGGUGGAGUGGUCCAGCGACACAGUGGACAACGAGCAUAUGGGAAGGAGGUCCUCCAAGUGUUGCUGCGUCUACGAGAAACCCAAACAGUUCGGAGAGUCCUCCUCUGAAAGCGAGGGAGAUGACGAAGGCUGUGGAAGUGCACACUGCAUUCUAGGACAUGGGAAAGACAGGCAUGGACACAGUGGAGGGGGUGGGGGGAACUCUGGAGGAUCACAUGCCCAUUAAGAGUGGAGACUGGGGGUUAUGACACAUACUGCUACACACACGGUCUCAUUUAGUUCAGUCACUGCAGUACUGGGAGGAAAAAGGAUAGAUAAAGAUUAGAAGAGAGAGAGAACAAAGGAAAGAAGACAACCUGUUUGAUAAGAAAACGGGGUGCUGUUGAGAGUUCAUUGUAUAUAUUACAAUCAUUUUUCUUUUUAUAAAGAGUACUUUUCCUUA